AUGGAUAAAAUUAAAAAUAAUAAUGAAAGUAAUAAUUUUAAAUAUUGUAAAGAUUAUAAUAUAAAAGAAUUAUUAUUAAAAAGAUUAAAAUUAGAUAUCAACACAAAAAUUCAAACUUUGGAUGAUAUCUCAAAAAUUCUUAUUGUGUUUUCAAGGAAAAUACCCUUUGAUAGUUCUGAUUUAUUAUUAAAUGGAUUUAAACCACCUUUUUCAGUUGAAAAUAUUAUAAAAAGAGUUUUAAUUGAUAAAUUUGGUAGUUAUUGUAUAAAUUUAAAUAUUUUAUUUGGAUUAUUUUUAUGUGAAAUGGGUAUUGAUGUUAAAUUGAUAAAAGGUAUUGAAGGAUCAACUUUAUUCCAAAAUCCAUGGUUUCAAAAACAUCAUAGUAAUAUUAUAAAUUGGGAGAAUAAAUUAUAUUACCUUGAUGUUGGAUUUGGUUGUAUUACACCAUUUAAACCACUUGAAUUAUUAAAUGAAGAAACCAUUAAAAAUUAUAAUGAAAAUGAAAAUAAAAAUGAAAUUACUAAUACUGUAUAUAGAGUUAGAAAAUUAAAAAAUGAUGAUGAUAAUGAUGAAUAUUUAUAUGAAGAAAAAAUAAUUGAUAAAACAAAACCUCAAAAUCAAUUAUUUAGUCCAGUUUUUCAUUUUAAUUUAUCACCUGCGACAUAUGAAAUAAUUGAAUACAGUAUUGAACAAUAUUCAAAAUUUGAUGUUGAUAAAAUGGAUAAAAUUAAAAAUAAUAAUGAAAGUAAUAAUUUUAAAUAUUGUAAAGAUUAUAAUAUAAAAGAAUUAUUAUUAAAAAGAUUAAAAUUAGAUAUCAACACAAAAAUUCAAACUUUGGAUGAUAUCUCAAAAAUUCAUAUUGUAUUUUCAAGGAAAAUACCCUUUGAUAAUUCUGAUUUAUUAAUAAAUGGAUUUAAACCACCUUUUUCAGUUGAAAAUAUUAUAAAAAGAGUUUUAAUUGAUAAAUUUGGUAGUUAUUGUACAAAUUUAAAUAUUUUAUUUGGAUUAUUUUUAUGUGAAAUGGGUAUUGAUGUUAGAUUGAUAAAAGGUAUUGAAGGAUCAACAUUAUUAAAAAGUCCAUGGUUUCACAACCAUUUUAGUAAUAUUAUAUAUUGGGAGAAUAAAUUAUAUUACCUUGAUGUUGGAUUUGGUUGUAUUACACCAUUUAAACCACUUGAAUUAUUAAAUGAAGAAACUAUUAAAAAUUAUAAUGAAAAUGAAAAUAAAAAUGAAAUUAAUAAAACUGUAUAUAGAGUUAGAAAAUUAAAAAAUGAUGAUGAUGAUGAUGAAUAUUUAUAUGAAGAAAAAUUUAUUGAUAAAAUCAAACCUCAAAAUCCAUUAUUUAGUCCAGUUUUUCAUUUUAAUUUAUCACCUGUUACAUAUGAAAUAAUUGAAUAUAGAGUUGAACCAUAUUCAAAAUUUGAUGUUGAUAAAGAAGUUACCAUUUAUUUAAAGAUAAACUAA